AUGCAACUGAACUCUACCACAACUAAACCCACCAAGCGCAUCACCAUGGCCACCGGCCCCGUCAACCUGCGCGACUCCCCUCGCCCCGCUCUACCCUACAACCCCAAGCAAGACCUCGAGCAGGCCACCGCCGCCCCUUACGUUUCUCAGCAACCCGCCCCCAACCCCCCUCCAUCCUACACCCCCGCCUCCCAGGACCGCUACACCAACACCGCCAUCGACCUCGAGCGGGGCGGCGACGACCUCGAGAUGGGCGACCUCGGCAUCAAGAUCGUCGAACGCGAAGAAAACGAGAACGAGAACGGAAAAGACCCCGUCUAUGGUUGCAGGUGUGGCCCCGAAGACAUGUGUUCCUGCGACUGUUGUUGCAUUUGCUACGACUGUUCCUGCCGGUGUUCCGAGUGCGUUCCCGGGAUCUGGACGAUGGCGCGGAUGGCGGUGCUGGUGGUGGUAGUGGCGGGGGUGUGUUUGGGCUUGUGGAGGGUUUGA